AUGUCACAAACGGGUGUCAUGUCGCCCUCACUAAGAGUGUGGUUGGUGCCAAUCUUCAUUGCGUUGCUGGGCUGGUUCCUGAUCCCUCGAUAUAACGACCACAAAGCCAUCGAAUUGCUUCUGGCAAAUAACAGAAGCGCUCUCCUCUUGGCGAGCACUCCGCAAGGGCUUCUAGACAUCGACGAUGCCCUUGUAUCAGAAUCAAAUCCAGCACGAACAGAUGGCACAUUUGAUCACGAGCGUUGUGCAAGACUGCAUAACUAUCUCGUCGCGUAUGGAUGGAUGACCGCCCACGAACGAGAAUUUGACGAUCUUCAUGAACUGUUAAGCCGGCCCUCCUUUCUUGAACUCGAGCGCGGACAGCUCCCCAUGCACCGUUUUAAUCCAGAAUUGAUCUCUUUCAUGCAAUCUAUUAUCGACCCAGAUUAUAAAGACGGCCUAUUCUACUGGGUAAGCGACGUGGACAUGAGCCUAGCCGACUGGAUUUUCUUCCAAGAAGAGGAAAACUUCAUGGCCAACAAGGAGCGGUUUGUCAUCUUGCAUGCCUCGUGGGUUGAAAUCGGCUCACAUAAUGUCGGCCUUGUAUUUGAUCAAAAGCGGAAUCAGGCAGCGAUGCCCAUCGUGAUGGAGAAUCUCGAUAGUAUUUUGCCUGUCAAGGACCAUUUGGAUAUGUGGUUCCCGCUCGAGACGAUGCUGACCAAUUGGAUUCACAUGCUUCGCAUUGGAAAGGUCACUGCCAGUCCCGCUGAGAAGGAAUAUCCAACGGCAGUUGAACGGCUUGGAUCAUGGACAUGGCAUUCCUACAGUGCUACUCAGGUUGACAGCGCUGUGGUAGCUAUGGAUCGACUCUCGGCUGCAAUUGAGGCCAGGAUGUCUUCUAAGUCCCUUCUUACCGUCUCACGAGAGUCCCCUCUUCUGUCCGACGCAGAGCUCGAUGCCGCAUCUGUUGCCGAGGAGUGUUUCAUUCGCUCGGUUCUAACUAGAGUGAAAACACCGCGCUUCAAAUUCAUCGCACCGGGUCUGGAAGUACCGCACGAUGCCUCGGCGUUUGCAGCGCGCCAGAAGUUCACCGACGUUCCUCGCUAUCUUGAUCCUGACUGGGGCCGGAUCGCACCACCAGUGUUGAUUUUCGCGAAUACCAAGCGCACGAUACACUUCAACGAAGAGAUCAGAUGGUUAUUCUUCAAACAUCACGAUCCUAUCCCCUAUACCGACCGUGAUCGCAUUCCUGUGGGUCUAUACUCCGAGUUCACACAUCGAGGCGAGUACGAUGUUGCAGAGGAAGGGUUCCGCCUUUUGCUGCCUUUCACAUUUCGCCCCGAUUGGAAUAAAGAAGGUGCCAGAAAAAGCGAUGGGUCUUUGGUGUCUCGGGCCUCAGUGUCUGAGCUCUUCCAGUUUGGUUACCACCCUUUUGGGGGUGAGUGGCGGCCCCAGAGAUUUGAGAAGCUGAUGGAUCGGUGGCGGGAAUUGGUGGAGAGUGGUGUUUGGAGGGUUGGGAAGAAUGGUGUCAAGGGAGGGAUCGAUAAGUUUCAAGAUGCAGACUAUGGCCAUUGGAGAGAUUAUUGGAUUCCUCCUGAUUGGUGA